UUGGGGCCGCUGUCCGGCGGCGCAGAGCGGACCCCCAGCCCAGGCGCGCAGGCCCCGGGGGCGGCGGCGCGGGUCAGAGGCCGGGCCUCCCUGCCUCCCCGCGCCUCGGAGGUCAGGGCGGCGGGGGAACGAUGCCCCUCGGCCUCCGGGGGAGGAAGGAAGCCGCGCUGCCACCUUAUCUCCGCUCCUGCGCACGCUGCCAGUUCCCAGGGCUGGCUCUCUAGAGGGGACCUUGAAGGCGGCGCCUGUGCUGACGGCCACCCACCACCGUCUGAAGAAGGCGAUUUUGGCAGAUGACAUGCAGGUUCUCCAAGACAGAGUAAUUGCAGAAAAUCUUCAAAGGACCCCAUCUGCAGAUGUUCUGAACACCUCUGGGUACAGGAAUUGAUCAUUCAACCAGGAUACCUAAUUCAAGACCUGCAGAAACCAGGAGGCUGAGACGUCUUGUUGGUUUUGUGACCUUGGACCCAACACAAUGAAGUAUUCUUGCUGUGCUCUGGUUUUGGCUGUCCUGGCCACAGAACUGCUGGGGGGCCACUGUUCCACUGUCAGAUCCCAGAGGUUCAGAGGACGGAUACAGCAGGAACGAAAAAACAUCCGACCCAACAUUAUUCUUGUGCUCACCGAUGAUCAGGACGUGGAGCUGGGGUCCCUGCAAGUCAUGAACAAAACAAGAAAGAUUAUGGAGCACGGGGGGGCCACCUUCACCAACGCUUUUGUGACUACCCCCAUGUGCUGCCCCUCCCGGUCCUCCAUGCUCACCGGAAAAUAUGUGCACAACCACAAUGUCUACACCAACAAUGAGAACUGCUCUUCCCCUUCAUGGCAGGCGAUGCACGAACCUCGGACUUUUGCUGUAUAUCUUAACAACACUGGCUACAGAACAGCCUUUUUUGGAAAAUACCUCAAUGAAUAUAAUGGCAGCUACAUCCCUCCUGGGUGGCGAGAAUGGCUUGGAUUAAUCAAGAAUUCUCGUUUCUAUAAUUACACUGUUUGUCGCAAUGGCAUCAAAGAAAAGCAUGGAUUUGAUUAUGCAAAGGACUACUUCACAGACUUAAUCACUAACGAGAGCAUUAAUUACUUCAAAAUGUCUAAGAGAAUGUAUCCCCAUAGGCCCAUUAUGAUGGUGAUCAGCCACGCUGCGCCCCACGGCCCCGAGGACUCGGCCCCACAGUUUUCAAAACUGUACCCCAAUGCCUCCCAACACAUAACCCCUAGUUAUAACUAUGCACCAAACAUGGACAAGCACUGGAUUAUGCAGUACACGGGACCCAUGCUGCCCAUCCACAUGGAAUUUACAAACGUUCUACAUCGCAAAAGGCUUCAGACUUUGAUGUCAGUGGACGAUUCUGUGGAAAGGCUGUACAAUAUGCUCGUGGAGACAGGGGAGCUGGACAACACUUACAUCAUUUACACCGCCGACCAUGGCUACCAUAUUGGGCAGUUUGGACUGGUCAAGGGGAAAUCCAUGCCAUAUGACUUUGACAUCCGUGUGCCCUUCUUUAUUCGUGGGCCAAGUGUAGAACCAGGAUCAAUAGUCCCACAGAUCGUUCUCAACAUCGACCUGGCCCCUACAAUCCUGGAUAUCGCUGGCCUCGACACACCUCCCGAUGUAGAUGGCAAGUCGGUCCUCAAACUUCUGGAUCUGGAAAAGCCAGGUAACAGGUUUCGAACAAACAAGAAAGCCAGAAUUUGGCGUGAUACAUUCCUCGUGGAAAGAGGGAAGUUUUUACGUAAGAAAGAAGAAUCCAGCAAGAAUAUCCAACAGUCCAAUCACUUGCCCAAAUAUGAGAGGGUCAAAGAAUUGUGCCAGCAGGCCAGGUACCAGACAGCCUGUGAGCAGCCUGGGCAGAAGUGGCAGUGCAUUGAGGACACGUCUGGCAAGCUUCGGAUUCACAAGUGUAAGGGAUCCAGCGACCUGCUCACAGUCCGCCCGAGCGCCCGGAACCUCUACCCCCGCGGCUUCCACGACAAGGACAAGGACAAGGACUGCAGUUGCGGGGAGCCUGGCUAUCGUGCCGGCAGGGGCCAGAGGAAGGGUCAGAGACAGUUCCUGCGAAACCAGGGGACUCCCAAGUACAAGCCCAGAUUUGUCCAUACUCGGCAAACACGUUCCUUGUCAGUCGAAUUCGAAGGUGAAAUAUAUGACAUAAAUCUGGAAGAAGAAGAAUUGCAAGUGUUGCGACCGAGAAACAUCGUCAAGCGCCAUGAUGAAGGCCACAGGGGGCCCGGAGGUCACCAGGCUCCCGGCGACGGGGACGCGAUGCUGGCCGACAGAGACAACGCCCUGGGCUUGCCCACCACCGUCAGAGUGACGCACAAGUGCUUUAUUCUUCCGAAUGAUACCAUCCAUUGUGAGAGAGAACUGUAUCAAUCAGCGAGAGCCUGGAAGGACCACAAGGCGUACAUUGAUAAAGAGAUUGAAGCUUUGCAAGACAAAAUUAAGAAUUUAAGAGAAGUGAGAGGACACCUAAAGAGGAGAAAGCCGGAGGAGUGUGCCUGUAGUAAACAGAGCUAUUAUAAUAAAGAGAAAGGUGUAAAAAAGCAAGAGAAGGUGAAGAGCCAUCUCCACCCAUUCAAGGAAGCUGCUCAAGAAGUAGACAGCAAACUGCAGCUUUUCAAGGAGAACCGUAGGAGGAAGAAGGAGAGGAAGGAAAAGAAACGCCAGAGGAAGGGGGAGGAAUGUAGCCUCCCUGGCCUCACCUGCUUCACACACGACAACAACCACUGGCAGACGGCCCCAUUCUGGAACUUGGGCUCUUUCUGUGCUUGCACGAGUUCUAACAACAAUACCUACUGGUGUUUGCGGACAGUUAAUGAGACGCAUAAUUUUCUUUUCUGUGAGUUCGCCACUGGCUUUUUGGAGUAUUUUGAUAUGAAUACAGAUCCUUAUCAGCUCACAAACGCAGUGCACACGGUGGAACGGGGCAUUUUGAAUCAGCUGCACGUUCAACUCAUGGAGCUCAGAAGCUGUCAGGGGUACAAGCAGUGCAACCCAAGACCUAAGGGCCUUGAAGUUGAGGACAGUUAUGGGAUGGAUGGGAAGGUUAAUCUGCCCAGCCACACCACAGAUGUCAACUGGCAAGGUCUAGAGGAUUUAUACAGUGUGAAUGCAAGUGUCUAUGAGUACAGACAAAACUAUACACUUAGUCUGGUUGACUGGACUAAUUACUUGAAGGAUGUAGAUAGAGUAUUUGCACUGCUGAACAGCCGCCACGAGCAAAAUAAAACAAAUAAGACUAAAAAUGCUCAGAGUGAUGGGUUCCUGGCUGGAUCUGCUGAGCUCUCUGUGCCAGCAGAGACGGCCUCCGCUGAGUCAGAUGAAGACCCGAGUCGUCUGGUUGGGGAAGCGCCUCAUUUGACCUUGCCAGCUGACCUUCGAACCCUGCAUUUGAACCAACCAACAUUCAGUCCAGAGACGAAACUUGAAUGGAAUAACGACAUUCCAGAAGUUAGUCGUUUGAAUUCUGAACACUGGAGAAAUCAUAAAACUGAAAAAUGGCUGGAGCACGAAGAGAGAAAUCAUCUUGAAACCGAUUUCAGUGGCAAUGGCCUCACAGAGCUGGUGCUCAAGCCCAGGCCCCGGCUGCAGCCCAGUAGCAGGCAGCAGAAAGAACUUCCCCAGCGUGGUGGUCCAGGACAAGAUAUUUUUGAAGAUCAGCUGCACCUUCCUGUGCAUUCUGACGUUGAUUCUGUUCAUCAGACGAUCAAUACGGCGGCCGUGGAGCAGCCUCCCAACUCCAGCAGCGAGAAAAGGAUGUUGAACAAGGUGAAGAACCACAAGACGGGGAGCUUACAGAGUCUGGAAGGCAGUGCCUCCUUUCCACUCUCCUCUGACUAGCUGAAAUUGUUACCUUACCCUAAACAUAGUAUUUUUUUAACUUUUUAUUAGUAAACUAAUACAGGCAAUCACAACAGCCCACACUCCAAGCUACCGUAGGUACACAGGUGCAGAAGUUAGCACGCGCGUGAGCAGUAGGCACACAGGGACUCGGGGUUGUUAAUUAACUAUUUGUCAAGAAUAGAAAGGAAAGUUGAUCUGUGUGUGCUUGUUUGGGGGAGACUAAAACAGUAUUAUCUUUCGAAAGUUAUAGGGAUAUGCCUAUACAAAUACUAUCCAGUCAAGAUGGCUAGGAUUGUACUAAGUUUCUAAAACUUGACGUCCUCCAUGAGUCUUUCGACACACUUUCCACUGCCUGCAUAAUGUGGUUUUGAUUCCUUUUUUAACCACUGGGAUUUUCAGUGCCAUCAUGUCCAAUGAUUUUGCAUUUUGAGAUCAGAAUGCCAUGUCUGUUUGGUUAGUCUUUUUUUUUUCUCUUCCCAUAGGCUUUUCAUAGUCUCACUGCUUGCUCUCAGUGUGACCACGGAAAGUAGACCCCCAGAAUGGCACACAGUAUGGAUCACAUAUUGUUCAGCAUAUGCUUUUGCCAGAAAAUAUUGCAUGCGUUUUCCUCGACUUGCUAAAAUUGAUUAGCAGAAAGGCAUGGCUAACGAUGUUGGCAGUAAAAAUAAAUAAAUCAGCAUAACAAAGAUUGCCUGCUCUCUCUGUGCCUAGCCUCAGUGUUCAUGAUUUGCUUCAGAUUACUAAAUUUUAUUAUUUUAUUAGCAGGAUAAAAGGACUGAAGACUUUUUUUUUCAUCUUUGUUUUCUUCACCUGGCUAAUAAGGUCAAGUGCUGAGAAAAUAUGCUUAGUUUUGAAUUUAUAUAAGAAAUAUUUUUCAAUUAAACAAACUCAUGAAUGUUUCAUAUUUUAAACACACCAUAUGUGUUAUAUGAUUAAUUUUAAGGCCUUCACCACGUUCUGGGGUUUUUUUUUUAAAAGGCAUAAUUCAAGACUGCUUUUGAAAUUCUGUAUUCUUGAAAAUAUUCUUGUUAUGUAUUAGAUUUUUAAAUACCAGCAAAAGGAUUACCUCAUGGAGAGUUAUCAGUACCCUAGCCAACUUCCCAAGAAGGUUUUUUUUUUAGCUUAACCGUGAUUUUAUUUUUAGAUCAUUCAAAUGCAUAGGUAAAUUAUGUUUUCUUUAAGUGUUUAAGGUAAACUCUUUUUAAAGAAAGUUUAAUGUUAUAGGUGAAUCUUUGAUAACUUUAAGUCUUUAUCAUAGACUCUGUACAUAUGUUAAAAUUAACUAGCUCUUUAUCAGAUGUGUGUGUCACCAGCUGAAUGACAGAAGAAACAUAUUUAUGGUCAUGAAUGAUGUGCUUUGUAAAAAGGUUUCAAGUUAUUAGGAAGCAUACUGUGUUUUUUAAUCUUGUGUAAUAUUCUGUGAUACUUUUAUAGAACAAUUCUGGCUUCGGGAAAGUCUAGAAGCAAAUAUUUCUUGAAAUAAAAGGUGUUUAAACUUUACCUGUUUCAGAGAAAUGAGCUUACCAAGUUUUUGUGCUAUACACCCAUUCUUUGCAAGUAAAAUUGAGCCCUGAUCUCAAUUGACAUGAAGGAAUAUUAGCCACAUUUGUAAAAUCACCCCAAAGUCAUUGUGUUACAGAACGCGCUCAGAUUAAUGAUUUCAUUGUGGAUUUGCCUCCUUGCUUCAGGUAGGAUGUGGCAAAGGCAGCACAAGAGUGGCUUCCCCGCUAUGUCACCUGGGCAGUUGCACAGAGCCAGUGCUUGGUUUAAUCCUCUACUGUCGCCAUCCUGACAUCUUUAAUGACUUUUGAACAAGAAAUCCCACCUUUCCUCAUUUUCACCAGCCCAACAAAUUAUAUAGCUGACUCUGGGCAGCACAAAUAAGAGUUUUUCAAAAGGAAGAGGACAGGUCCACUGAAGGAAGUUUCAGUUCACUGGGGACAGAACCGUAGACUUUGCUUGAGCAAAGACCUAACCAUCCUCCAGUCAGUUUCUCCUGACUGACAAAUGCCAUAUACUUCCCUUGGCUCCAGAUUUCCUGAAGAGCUUUCUCUUCUUCAAGUAGAGGGGCUGACAAUCUCUGAAAUGUCCAGAGCCCAAAAGGAUAAUAGUAAAGGGGGAAGAAACAAAAGCAAAGGACUUUUUGAGAUCUGCUAACCCGGCCCUGGGAUAAUUUAGGAAACCAUCCAUGAGUUUGCAAGGGCCACCGUAACAAAAUUCCACAGGCUGAGUGGCUUCAACAACAGACAUUUACCUUCUCCCUGUUCUGGAGGCUGGAAGUCCAAGACCAAGAGGCUUUGAUUUCUUCUGAGGCCGCUCUUCUUGGCUUUCGGGUGGCCACCUUCUCUGCGCAUUUUCAUCCCUGGCAUGUCUUCAUAAGAAGACGGUCAUAUCAAAUUAGGGCCCACUUUAUGACAUCAUUUAACUUUAAUUACCUCUUUAAAGGCCCUCUCUCCAAAUACAGUCACACUAGGGUUUAGGGCUUCAAUAUCUGACUUUUGAGGGGACAUAAUUCAGGCUGUAACACCACAGUUUAAUCGAGAGAAGAGUUUGAGAUACUGCUGUUGACCAAAGGCACAUCUUUUUGCCUCCCUUCUUGUUCCUCUCCUACAAAAUGGGAGUAGGUCAAAUGUUGCUAUCCUGGAGAAAAUCCUAUUUUAAGUACAAUUCAGUAACUACUUAUAGAGUACCUACUAUGUGCAAAGGGCACGAACAAGACUUUCAGUUGCUGAAGAGUGCUUAGAAACUGGCUAGCCAAUGGACUGUGUUCGAUCUCUGAGGAGAUGAUGCCCAGAGAGCUCAGCUGAUUGCCCAACUGCCCACUUCCCACAAACUUACCAGAGGCAGGGCCAGCCCCUCUCCAUUUUCUCCACUUACACACACACACACACACCUACACACACAGACCAGGUCAGGGAAGGGAGAGGCCAUAGUGAAACCCCAUGUGGUAAAGAGUAGUGGAAAGAACAAUGGACACAAAUUCUAAAUUUUACUAUCUGUAUAAAGUGGGGAAAGUCACAAAACCUCUUCUUGACUGUAAAAUUAGAGGUGUAAAUCAAGGGGGACAAAUACAACACAUAAGUGCUUUCUUUUUCUAAAAUGUGCCUAGGGGAGACAUGGCUAAUGCAUGAGGACACUCCAUGAAGCCAGAGCACCUGCACCCUUAGAUUCCUUCUCAGUACACCCAGCUACACUGUUGAGUUGGUUUUGGAGUGUGAGACAUAAACCUACUUGCCAUGGGCACAUGGGUAGCUCAGAUGGUUGAGUGUCUGCCUUCAGCUCAGGUCAUGAUCCCGGGGGCCCUGAGAUUGAGUCCCGCAUUGGGCUCCCCACUCAUCAGGGGAUCCUGCUUCUCCCUGUCUCUGCCUCUCCCUCAGCUCAUGCGCUCUCUCUCAAAUAAAUAAAAGUCUUAAAAUAAAAAAAAAAAAACCCUACUUGCCAUAUCCAAACUAAAUAAUAUCUGAGGCUCCUCCCAACCUUCUUUAAAAAAAUAAAAUAACCCUAUCUGCAGGGUUUUUGGUUAAGAGAGAAAGAAUGAAUACGUAACACUCUCAUCCCAUGGCAAAUGUACCUAAACAUGUUGCCCUUCUAAAAAAAGAUUUUUAGGGACACCUGGGUGGCUCACUUGUUGAGUGUCUGCCUUUGGUCCAGGGCGUGAUCCCGGAGUUUAGGGAUCGAGUCCCACUUCAGGCUCCCUGUGGGGAGCCUGCUUCUCCCUCUGCCUGUGUCUCCGCCUCUUUCUGUGUCUCUCAUGAAUAAAUAAAUCUUUAAAAAAAUAAAACAAUAAAAAAAUAUUUUUAAAUGCCUAUUGUUCAGAACUUGCUUUAGAGCUAAGAUGAUCUCCAUUAUAAGAAGGUCCUCAAUUCAUCAAGUUAACCCAAUUCUGCUUGAUAUUUUCAAAUCUAUUCCCUUGGUAUUUCCAAAAUUUAUUUGGAAAAUAUUUUCAAAAUUCAUUUUAAUAGAAAACAAAAGAUCUUAGAGCAACUAAUAACCUCAGCGUGGUCCACCUCCCUGUUCAUUUAAGCCCUCAUGACCUCUUCUAGAAGUUGCUGGGAAAGCUGUAAUAGCACCCGAAGCCUCUCCCCUUCCAGCUCCAACUCUACUAGAGCCCACACUUGCUGUCUUUCAUCACACAGCUCACCUCAGCCUCCCGCUCAGAUAUCUUCGGUGAUUUUUAACACCACGCUGCUCACCAGAAGCUCCAGCCUUCCAUUCAUCCAUCUGGUCCUCUCCAUCUCCUGUCCCCACCAGCUCCUGCUGGAUUAGCGCCACCCUCCCAGGUCUGAAGUCCCCACCUCCAACAGUAAAGGGCUCAUCUGCCCUUCAAUUCCCAUAUUUUGUUUUCCCUUUUGCCUUAUCAAACUUCACCUUCUCUUGCCACAUAUACUUCCCUCAACUCCCACCCCCUGGACACAGUAUCUCUACCAUUUUUAUUUUACUUUCCCGCAAGUAAGAAAACACUGAUGUUAUACCUGGUCUGAGGCCAGUGGAGUGAAAAUGACCGGCCGCGUUCAUCACCUUGCCAUUUGCCCCCAUUUCUGACCAAGAAACCUACCUAAUGCAACUAUUGUUCAUACACUCACCUUCCUCUGAGUUGUGUCGUUGAUGCUGAGGACUUUGCCAGCACAGUACCUGGGGCCUCAUAGCGAGCUCACUACUGUAUAAAGUAAGCAGAGACAGUGACUUUCAAAAAAGCAGAUAUUUCCUGUUGACAUGAGGGAGCCCCUGCUCCCAGAUAUCAGGGAAAGUACUGCGGAGUGUUUGUGGACAAAGGGAGCUAUGGAUGGUGAGGUCUUUUCUGCUAGCAAAUACAAGCGGUGGGCAAAGUAAUCUACCCUCUGUUCUGAAUUCCUGGCCCUACACAGGUGUGCCUCCCCACACUCAGAAUUCAGAACCUGUGUCUUCAACCCCCAGUCCUCUUCCCCGUUCCCCUAUCUCCCUCCAGUCCCAACGGCACAGGUGACCCAGAGCCAGAGUGGGACCGAUCCGACUAUUAAUGGGUUUCAAUGGAAGAGGAGGUGUCGUUGCCACCCUAAUAUGAAUCUGGCCACAUAAAAGCCCCAUGCAGCUCAAGCCCAGGAAAGAAAAGGGAUGAGAGAUCAGUAAAGCAUGUGAUUUCCACGGUGACCAUUAGGUGUCACUCUAUUGCAACUAAUGACAUCCCUACCUCCAGCCAGGAACCACCCCUGGCAAAGCGGCCACUUCAUUGAUUUCGGAAGUAGCAGCACUACCAUUUCGACAAGAACACAUCUAGAGCAACUUGAUCCAUGCAGGCUUGCUCUCUCUUUGGUACCUCGGAUCUUAGCCAUUCCAGAAGACCAAGGGAGGGUUUUAGCUUUCUACUGAUGUAUAUUGGUAUUAUGAGUUGGAACUGCAUCAAACUUUGACGUUUAAAUACAAAAGUGAGCACCAAAUAUCGAUCUCCUGGUUUUCCAAUGACUUUGUGCAAUUAAAGAGGAUUCUCGGCGCUCCCCACCCCCAGAACUGGAUGCUUUUUAACAGCUCUUAAAAACAGCCCUUUGCUGCGAUUGUACCAAGUCUGGGGCUAAUGCAAGGAAGAUGAGCAGUCACAUUCAUAACCUUUCCUCUCUCCUCGUUUCUUAAAAAGCAAUUCUCUUGUGCGUCUAUUUCAAAAAGCCCAAUAUCCAGAAUGAUUCUCCUCUCCCUCAAACGUGUAGGGUAUCCAAGAGAUUCAAGAGAAAUCUCUAAGUUGUCUAAAUUACACACACAGAUGAGGAGAAGGUAGACUGGGGAAGAGGGUACUAUUUGCCCUUUGUAUAAAUGGCUCCCACAACGAAUGCACGAAGCCAUGGAGGAAACUAAGCAUUUAUCCAGCACAGAUGUGUGCACACACCACCCGCCCUCCCCUGCCCCAGUAACUACUCCUGUAUCUUGGGCCACUGUGACCCUUUAGUUUAGCUGUGCAGGAGGGGUGGCUGAGUGAGAAAUGGAAAUCAAUUGCCCUGCUUUACACCUAUGGAGUGCUCAAGGCAAGGUUCUAAAAAUAACCACUUUGUGCUCUAGUCCAUGAGUCAUGCUGUUAUUUCCGUAGCUCUCUGCCUCCCUCCGCCUCUCACCCAAAAGUUUUGGAUGCCUUAGAAAACUCUGCUAUCCAUCAGAAGAGAUCUCAGAGACAAACUAGUUUCAAUCGAACACACUUUAUUCUUUUUUUUUCUUAAUUUUCAAUGAUCAAGUAUUCAAGAUGUUGUAAACCAAGGUUUAUUAGUACAUUGGCGAUAGAUUUCAUCAAACACAAGGAAAUUAUACAUCUUUUAAAUUACCCUAAGAGUUUUCCAAAUAAAUAUUCAUUGUAAAAAUCACAAAAUCAAACUCCUUUAUGCAACAACUCAAAACGGCCUUUCAUUACCGACACACUUUCACACAAACACACACACACCGAACACACACUCCACCAGGAUCCUAAUGCCAGUUUGACACAGUAUUACAUCUCCUUUAACUAAAGAGUUAGAGGCUGACCUGCCUAUUUCGUGCUUCUAAAUUAACAUUUGGGGUUUGGGGCAGAGGUAUGUAUUUCAAGAAAAAUGCCCACUAUAAAGUCUUAUCAAUUAUUCUUCUUUUUCAUUUCUAGAUACAAAAUUUAAACACCUUUUGUUCAUCCCUUUGGUUUAAUACGUCCCUGCAAUUACUUUAGUUUUGGAUAUUUUCUCCUCUGAUUUUAAUAUGUAAUAGAAUACCAGAAAAAGACAACACCUCCCAAACCCCAAUUAUUAAAAACACCUUAUAAGGGUGUCAGGUUUUUGGAGAAGAAAUAAGAAAAGAUUAUGUGAAAUAUCCCCUCCCCCCUUGAAAUUAUUUUUAGCAUCUGAUUAUUCUUGCUAAAAGAAAUAUCAAAAACGCUGAGCUUUCCAUAGAAAAGGUAUGCCCCCUUAGGGUCUUCAUCUUUGCAGCGGAAAGUUCAUGGAUUAACUGGUCACAAGAGUAAUGAGUGCUUGUUUUCUGGGAAGUUCUCUAGAUCUCCAAAAGCAAAGCACAUGCAGUCCUUUAUCAGUGAAACACUGUAAAUUCAGUGGCGCAUUUUUGUGGUGACAUGCAUCAUCAAAUACUUUUAGCACCGAGGCAUUUUUUUGUUUUAUGUUGCACAAGCAAAUACCCAAGGAGGGUUUUCAUCAUAUUUGACCCUUCUUAGGGCUGAGUAAAAAUGAAGUGUUUAAAAUAACCUGUUCAAACAUACACAGAUCUGAUUCCAACGUAGCAAGAAGUCUGCAACAGACACAGCCAGCAGCAUCCGGGAAGAUGAGGAAAAGAGAGAAAACAAAAAAGAUAAAGUGCACAGGCUACAACCUUCGCCUGCCAGCCAUGGCAUGCUCUUCCAUAUCAGGAAAGAGGAACUACAAAUAACGUGUAGAGGCUACCUAGUGGUCUGUAGAACAGAAUUAGCAAACCUGUAGUCUAGCCAAUUCUGGGAUCAUACAGUGUUUUGGUAUCUAUCUGCUACUAGAUACUCUAGAAUACUCCAUAUGCACCUAUUUAGCGAUGGUUAUACUCAUGUUUCUGUGCCAUUUAAGAUGUUUGAAGUCCACACACAUUAAAAGUAUAAUUGGUUACCCCCUGGACUUGGGCUUUCCUACUGCUCCUGGGCACACUGGAGAAUUUCCACAAAUGCUUCAGGUCCAUUCAAAUACUACACAGCUGCUCUUUGGUUGAUGCAAAACAGUCCCCAAAAAGAAACUUUCUGGCUCCCAAGUCCACCAAAGAAUGCAAACAGGAAUUGCAGACUGAGGAAGAAUUUUCCUGGUAGUUGGUGAAAAUGCAAGACUGUCACUACUUCCUCCUCCUCUGAUGGCUGCACUUCCAAGCGCAGGCUCCCAGUUUGUGACCGCAGCUACUGACGGUAACAAUCCAGCCAGUUGUUUGGUGUGGAGCAUGUAACAUUUUGUAUGUGUUCAUUUAACAUGUAACACUUUGUAUAUGUUCAUUUCAAACUUUUAUUAGGAAACUUUAAACCCAUAGUCACUAAAAAUUAAUGGAAAUGUUAACAUUCUGAAAGAGGCAGAAAAGAAAAAGAAAGAACACACUUAAAAUCCCCAAAGCUCAGAUUCAAUAAAUCUGAACCACAUUUCCUCAUGAUUCAUUUCAGAAAUUCUGAGACUCAAUGCUAACAUCAAAAUUGAUUUGUUCUAUAUUAAAUAUAAACUAUAAAUAAAUACUUGAGGUAUGUUAUGAUAAUUUUGAAUAUAACACUUAGCUAAAUAAAUGUAAAUUUACCUUGAAAAUCUAAACAUUAAAUUUUGAUGCUUCCUACGGAUUUUUUUCUAUUGUACACAAAGGAAUAAUAACUUCUCUACUCUUCAGGAACAGUAACACAUCAACAAAUGAAAUGCUAUACCUUACUAAAUUAUAAUCACACUUGUCUUUGUUAACCUAAACCAUUAUAGGGAUUUAUAUAGAGUAAGAAACGAGUGAUGGAGAUAGAAACCUGAACCCUGAUUUGGCCACUCUGCAUAAUCCUAAACAAAUCUCUUUACCUCUGUGAGCCUCAGUUUUCAUGAUCUCUUAAAAAAAAAAAACAAUAAAAAUAGUUAUCUUGCAGGUUAUUAACAGUAUUAAAAUAAAUGAUGUAUAUUAAGUACUUGACAAAAUUCUGAAUCAACACUCCACAAGAGCUAAUUUAUUUCUUCUCUGCUCCUCUUUAUUCCCCCCCCCACCUCAGUUCUGAAUGACUUCUGAAUGUUUUCAAGAAUUAAAUAUCCCUGCAAAGGAUAAGGAUCUCAUACUAAUGAAGAUAACAAAAAAUGUGCUCCAACCACCCACCUCUCCCUGGGGAGUUUCUAAAUUAAUAGGCUAGACUCGUGGAUAUUAUAUUUGCAUAUUAAAGCAAAAUAAUACAUUAAUCUACAGAGUUGAUAAAAAAAAAAACAAGGUGACCUUUUCCCAAAACAAUUAGAAGCCUAAGUUCAUAGAAAGUGGGAAUUAAACUUAUAAUAGGGGCUGUGACAAUAAAGUAACAAACACAGAAGAACCUCAUAUCUACAGUUAAAUGGUGCCAUUUGUCAAAUAGUUACUUUAGUUGACUAUGUAAUAUUCCAAGGAUGCUAAGAGGACCCGAAGCAUUUUGGGGACAAUUCUUAAUUGGUACAUAUUCUAAAACCUCAGUCUUCUGUGAUUUUAACUACUUAUUCUACAUUAACCAACAACACAUUAAUGAUACACCUGCUAUUUAUAAGUAUCACAUACUUGAGGAAGUACAAUAUUAAUAUUGUGGUGUACAAUUCAGGCCAAUUUCUUGGAAUUCUGGCCAGUCAACCUAAAGAAUCUCAUAGAGCAGCAGAGGGUAAUUGGUUAAAAUAGUGCCUGAUAGAGAACUGGUCAAUGGUUGCUGAACUGGAUGGAUGAGUGCUCAAGGUAGACAAAGGGGACUGUCUAAUUAUACCCAAAGAAUCAGUCACUUCCUACCCUGGAAUUCUGAGAGCAGCUCCUUUUCAAAAUAUACUACCAAGAAGAGAGAGAUUCUAAGAGUGUUGGAACAUACAAUCUUAGCUUUAAAAAAAAAAAAAAGUGCUAAUCCCAUCCAAAUUCUUUUAAUGCAGUUCCUUAGCAAUGAGGAAAGAAUUAAGAAAAUAUCACCUCUCCCCAACCUGUAUACCUUUAGCUCCAAUACAAAAGGAAACUUUCUAAAGGGUCUAAAGGAUCAAAGAUCUCCCAUAGAGAGUAAAAGGGAACCCUAAGGCACCAGAGUAGACACUAAGUUAAUCAGCAAUAUUCUCUGAAGACCUUCAAAAUAUACCACAUGGAGCCAGGCGGAACAGACACCCGGAUAAUUAAAGGCAACAGCUUACUUAUGACUCAGACAAAUGAGAAUGGUCAAAGGGAAGCCCUUGUCACCUGAGACCACUGGCUCCACCCUUUACAGACAUCAUUCAGUCUAACAGUGCUAACCCUCUCCACAAACCGCAUGCACCCAAAAGGGCCAUCUGACAAUACCGUUCUUCAGUAGAGAGGAAGGCGACCUGGUACCCACGAGCGAUCAUACAGCUCCACCAGUACCUCCAAGGAGGAAGGGCAAAGAGCCUGAAUCAUGGGACAGUUCUGUCAAUCCCUUCCCCACAUUGAAGACUGGAAGUCAGCCAAGGAAAUCAUUUCCCAGAUUAGCCCCUACACAAGCAUAGGUUCCUUGGCAGAAACCAUUCACAAUUAUAUUGGCAUUUGGACCCUAAGGUCCCUCUUAAGUCUGGGUUGCCAAGAUUCUUCUUCUGAGCAGCCAGAUCCCAUGAGUUAACCUGCUAUCAGGCCACAGAGCUGUCAGGAAGCAUCUACCUUAAGAACCACGUAGAGGGACACCUGGGUGGCUCAGCGGUUGAGCAUCUGCCUUCGGCCCAGAGCGUGAUCCUGGGGCCCAGGAUCGAGUCCCACAUCGGGCUCCCUGCAUGGAGCCUGCUUCUCCCUCUGCCUGUGUCUCUGCCUCUCUCUCUCUCUCUCUCUGUCUCAUGAAUAAAUAACUAAAAUCUAAAAAAAAAAAAAAAAAAGAAUGAAAGAGCCAUGUAGAAAGCACUCUGUGUGGUACCUAAGUCAACGUGAUGUGCUGGGAGGAACUGACAAGGAUUAUGGAUCAUGAACCAAAAGUGCCUUUAGGAACAGAAAAAUCCUCUUUCAGAAUCGCUGUGGGAAGGCUAACAGAUGUGAAAUCAUUCUAACUCCGAUAAAGUAGAAUUCAGUACAAGACAAGUUGAUUUUAAAUAAUUUUCAAUCAUGACUUAGGAUCAUACUCUCAUAGCUCACAGACCUCCCUCCUCCUGUAUGCAAAGUGAUUUCAUAUCACAGGUAUAGCUUUCCUGAUUUAAUUACUCAACUUUGGGGGGCAGCCACAGCAAUUUUCUGUACGUAAAAAAGAAAACAAUACAGAUCUGCUAGGGUUUCCAGGCAUAUAACUUAAAAUGAUCAGAUGGGACUCAAUCUUACCUCUGUGGAAUUUCUUUUUCCAGCUAUUGAGUGUCAAGUUUACAACUCUCAACUACCCUUGUGUGGGCCCAUAGAGCUAAAAGAAUUUCUGCAGCAUUUUUUCUUUGGAUGAGAAAGCCAUCAAGUUUCUCUCCUUAUGAGGCAUCUCAAAUUAAGUUCUAGUCAUAUUAUUUAACACACUGGUUUUAAAGCCCCUGGCAAAAGAAUACUGGAGUUUAUCUUCAAACUAUCAGAUUUACAAGUCAGCAGACUCCUUACCUUAUGAUGGGGCUGACAGACUAAAAGAGAAUGUGUCUUAUGAAAUAAAGUAGCUGUUCCUUUUAUCACACUAUCCAUGAUUCCUUUGAAGCAUUUAAAAAAUUCUACCUGAUUUAUGACUCUGCUAUGGCUUAAAAUGCUAUUAACAGUACUUCAGGGAAAGUUUCUUGUCCUCUUUUCAAAACGUAUCUGCUUUAGUCUCUUGAAAGAAAAAGUAACAUGCUGCACUUACAUUUUUCCCAAUCAAAAUUGCAUAGUUGAGGCAAAUUCAUUUGUGCUUUGUAGCAGAACUCACAGUAGGUGUUCAUAUCUAAAAACUUGGAUUUGUAAAUGCAAAGUCAUGGUCAAGCUCACCUCUGUUUAGAGUGUAUGCUAAUGACAUGUACCACCAUUACACUUCCUGUGAUUUUGUUAACCAGGCACCUCUCAGCCUUAUACCACACUGGAGCAUGAGCAUUAAAUUAACAUAGCGGAAAUGGUAACAAAUAUAUCUCAACUCCUCUUUCUUGGAGAGAAGUGGGGGAGAGGGGGUGAAGGCUCCCAGUCUUGUUGAGGUAUCCAGCCCUCAAUUGAUGGUGGCUGUGUAUACUGAGUUUUGUUGGUUUGAGGAUUUUGUCUUUAGAGGUUAAAAAAAGAAAGAAAGAAAGAAAAGAAG